UAACUAGUUCAGCAGUAAAAAAUUUUGAGACCAAUCUUAUUAACUCAGGAGAGAGCCUUUUACCUUUGCCUUCCUCAACUUCUCAGCUUCUUAAUGCUCUUCAACAACUGGAGAAACUUCUAUACAGGGUGCUACAAUCACCAUCCAGAUCAAUGAAAACCGCAAUGCAACCAGCAAUUAAUGCAUUGGUUGCUGAAGAACUGUUGAGACAUCCUGAAAUGGACAUUAAUAUCACUGUUGCACGUUGCAUCUCUGAAAUCUUGAGGGUUAUGGCACCUGGUUCCCCUUAUAACGAGGAACAUAUGAAGGAUUUUAUUGAACUUGCUGUAAUUACAUUCGAGAAAUUAUCUUCUGCAUCAGGUGGUUGUUAUACAAAAAUGAGCAAGGUUUUGAAAGCAUUAAGUAAGUUUGAUUUUUCGGUGCUGAUGUCUGAACUGGAGUUUGACGACCUGCUAGUUCGACUGUUUAAGCAAUUUUUAGCCGUUGCUGACUCCAAUUCCCCUGCACUCUUGCUAAAGAUGAAGAAGAUCAUGACCACGAUCAUAAAGCAAAGUGAGCUAAUCAAGCCUGAGACUGUUGAUCUUUUAGUCACAAGUGUGAGAAAGGAGAAUCAGAUUGCUUUGCCUGUUUGCUGGCAACUAGCGCGAGACGUCAUCAAGGACUGUGCUGCUAAACUCGAACCACAUCUCCCAGACAAGGCACGUGAUAUGGGUAUUCUUAAUAAUUAUUACAAAAAGGUUGAACACAUUUGUAACAAUGAAUCAGUGGCAGAAGAAGUUCACGGUUCUUUGAGGAAAAGUAUUCCAUUUAAAACUGAUACAAGCAACUUAAGGAAGGAUUCAAUUCACAAGAGGAAACUUGAGUGUAUAGAUGGAAGCAGGAGUGUGGUGCUGGCUGUAAGCCGUUGUCUACGUCCUCACAGUUCAAAGACACACGACAAGCAAAUUAUCUCAAUUGAUGAUUCACCUCUAGUGAUAAACGAAUCUGUGACAGAGCCUCAAUCUGUUGAGCAUGGUGAAAAUCUGGUGGGGAGCAGGAUCAAAGUUUCGUCGCCUGAUGGUAAAAUGUCAUAUUCUGAACUAUGCAAAUCGAUACUGAUUCAGCCUCAAUCUGUUGAGCAUGGUGAAAAUCUGGUGGGGAGCAGGAUUAAAGUUUCGUCGCCUGAUGGUAAAAUUUACUGUGAAGGAGUUGUGCAAUCCUUUGACCGUGGAACCAAGAGACACAGGUUAUUGCAUGAUGAUGGUGACGAACAACUCUUAGACCUCAAUAGGAAACAUUGGGAGUUGGUUGAAAAUAUGCCUCUUAUGUCAGAUUGUAUGAAACAGGAAGUCCCUGAAAACGUUUCAUCUUCUCAAUGUAGUGUAAUAUGUGUCCAAGGAUACAACGUGAAGCUGAGUCUUGCACCAAUACUUGAAGCUCUUCUUUUGAAACAUGGUGACAUUGCGGCUAACUGUACAUUCAAAACAACUUAUGUGAGGGCAUCUCUACUUGAGGUUGUUUGUAACGUUGUUAGGCGAAUCCAAACUGCCGAUGUUACAACAAUCAUUUCUCAGAUGGAAGAUAUAGAGAACCAAGUGUCAGAUGCAGAGGCAGCCAAUAUCAAUGUGUCGUGGCUUAGAACUCACUUGGAUGCCAUUCACAAGAAGGAGAAGGUCAUGAAAAAGUCCACCUCUUUUAUGGAUACAAAAGCAAAAACCAUUAUUGUUAAAAAAGUUGCUCAAAGGGAUAUAAAAGAUAUACGUGCAGAGCUUGAAAUGGCUGAAAAGUUCGUGAAAGCACUCGAUGUUCUGGAAAAGAAUUUAAAUGACAGUAUCUUGGAAUCGAAGACUGAAGAAAAUUUGUGGGCUGGUCAACAAAUUUUGUAGGCUUACUUAAAUCAUGACAGAUAUGUAAUCAGUAGAACUUAGUCAUGGUCACACCUAAACUGCCACUUUGUCAUCAUUACGUCGUUAACUCCACCUGGUGUUAUGUGUAAUGGCUUGAGUCCCAC